AUGGCGGUGGCGGCGGUGGCGGGGCCGCUGCUGCUGCUGCUCGCUCGGGCCCCCCCCGCGGCCGCCGGCGACGGCAGGAGGAGCGAUGUCAGACUGGUGUCCGAGCAGUUCUCGCAGUCCCCACAGAAGCUAUCUUUCUACAGCUGGUACGGCAGCGCCAGACUCUUCCACUUCCGUGUGCCCCCUGACGCCGUGCUGGUCCGCUGGCUGCUGCAGGUGUCCCAGGGUGGCGGCCCCGCCUGCAGCCACGCCGAGGUCACCGUGUACUUCCGCUACGGCGCGCCUCCUGUCAUCAACCCCCUGGGCACCGGCUUCCCCGCCAACACCUCCGUACAGUCCCCCUUCUUCAUCAAGAUGCUGCAGAGCAAUGCGUCCGUCAAUGUCUCCCACCCAGCGCCUGGGGAUUGGUUCAUGGCUGCCCACCUGCCUCCCUCAUCCCAGAAGAUUGAGGUGAAGGGUUUUGUCUCUCCCAGUUGCGUGUACACUUUCCAUCCUGACAUGCUGGUUGUGCGGGCCGUCGAGGUCUCUAUCCUGGAGCCUGAUGUUCCCCUUCCACAGACUCUCCGCUCCCAUCCCAGCUACCUCAAAAUCUUCAUCCCCGAGUACACCCAGGAGCUGCGGCUGGAGCUGCAGGGCUGUGUGACCAAUGGGAGCCUGGGCUGCCCCGUGCGCCUGACCGUGGGCUCAGCCACCCUGCCCAGAAACUUCCAGAAGGUGCUCACGUGCAUUAGCCUCACCUGGUCCUGCCACCUGCUGCUGCCCUCACCACCCUGGGAGCGGUGGCUGCAAGUGACGGCCAAGAGCCUGGCAGGACCUCACGUGUUGGUGGCUUUCAGGGCUGUGGCUGCCCUCACAGCCUGCAGGCCGUGGACCAUGAACUUGCAGCACCUCCUGCAGAGCAGCCCAAACCGCAGCUGUAACGCCUCCGCGGCUCUGCUGCCCCCCGGCGCGGGCUCCUGGGUCCCGGGCAGGAGCCGCGGGGCAGGCGGUGGCCCCUUCUGCCUCACGAGCUACCCGGUCAUUCGGGAGGACACGGACGUGCUGUCUGUGCGCUUCUGGCCCGCGGACCGGGUGUCGGUGCUGGUGCGGUCGGGCACCCCGUCGGUGAUGCGGCUGUACCUGCACACGGGCACGGACAGCGGGGGCUCCCUCAGCAUCUCCCUGCAGGCCAACCAGACCGCCAUGACCAACAGCACCAGGGUGGCCGUCUGCGUGAACGCCGCCUCGCCCUUCCUAAGCUUCAACGAGUCGCUCAACUGCACCACAGCCUUCUUCCAGGGCGUCCGCCUGUCUCUGAGCGCCGCAUCCCGCAAGGCUGACCUCAUCGUCCCCUACCCGGAGACGGACAACUGGUACCUCUCCCUGCAGCUGGUGUGCCCUGAAAGUCCCGAGGAGUGUGAGCAGGCUUCGGUCCUCGUGGAGACUGCCUUGUAUCUGGUACCCUGCCUGAACGACUGCGGACGCUACGGCCAGUGUCUCCUGCUGCGCAGACACAGCUAUCUGUACGCAGGCUGCAGCUGUAAGGCGGGCUGGCGUGGGUGGAGCUGCACAGACAACAGCACUGCGCAGACCGUAGCCCAGCAGAGGGUGGCCACACUCCUCCUUACCCUCAGCAACCUCGUGUUUCUGGCGCCCAUCGCCGUCUCCGUGCACCGCGCGCUGCUGGUGGAGGCCUCGGUCUACGCCUACACCAUGUUCUUCUCCACGUUCUAUCACGCGUGUGACCAGCCCGGGGAGGCGGUGCUGUGCAUUCUCGGCUACGACACGCUGCAGUUCUGCGACUUUCUGGGCUCGGGAGUGUCCAUCUGGGUCACCAUCCUCUGCAUGGCACGGCUGAAGGCGGCCCAGAAACACGUCCUGUUUCUCCUGGGGACGCUGAUCUUCGCCAUGUCCUUGCAGCUAGACCGCAGAGGUGCCUGGAACACGCUGGGGCCUUGUCUCUUUGCCUUUGUGGUCAUGGUCACCAUGUGGGUGUACCGCUGCGGGCACCGGCGCCACUGCUACCCCACGUCCUGGCAGCGCUGGGCCUUCUACCUCCUGCCUGGCAUCUCCAUGGCUGCUGUGGCCGUCGCCAUCUACACUUCCAUGAUGACCAGCGACAACUAUUACUACACGCACAGCAUCUGGCACAUGCUGCUGGCAGGAAGUGCGGCGUUCCUGCUGCCACCGCGUGAGGAGCACACUAAGCCCUGGGCCUGCUCGCAGAAGCUCACUUGCCACUAUCAGAUCUGUAGGAACCACCGAGAGGAGCUGUACACCGUGACGUGACGUGGCCGGCUCAGAGACGCCUGCAGCUGUGAUUUGACUCUCUGGCCAGGGGCAGGACCAAAGGAGAAGGACCCUGUCCAGAUUGAUUUCCAACAGAAUAAAAUUGCCCAAUGCACUAUUUGCU